AUGCGCGGGCCAUCAGUCGCCGCGCUGGCCAUUGCGGCCCUACCUUUUAUCUCUGCUCAACUCUCGUGGGACGAGGCGUACACAAAGGCCGAAGCAGCCCUGACCAACCUCUCGCUCUCCGACAAGGUUGGCAUUGCCACGGGCAUCGGCUGGCAGGGAAACGGAGGCUGCGUGGGCAACACCCAUCCAGUCGAGUCCAUCGGCUACCCAUCACUUUGCCUGCAAGAUGGUCCCCUUGGUGUCCGGUACGCCUCGUCCAUCACGGCAUUCACCCCCUCGAUACAGGCUGCCUCGACCUGGGAUCGGGGCUUGAUCCGGGAGCGAGGGCAGUUCCACGCCGAGGAGGCUAGAGCCCUGGGUGUCCACGUACUGCUGUCGCCUGUCGCUGGAGCUCUUGGUAAGAUUGCUGAAGGCGGUCGCAACUGGGAAGGAUGGAGCCCUGAUCCGUACCUGACCGGCGUCGCUGUCGGGGAGACGAUUGAAGCGAUGCAGGCCGUCGGCGUCCAGGCGACCAUCAAGCACUACAUUGCCAACGAGCAGGAGUUCAGGCGAGAGACCAUGUCAAGCAACGUGGACGACAAGACGAUGCACGAGGUCUACCUCGCGCCGUACUACGACGCUGUCAAGUCGGGUGUCGCAGCGACCAUGUGCAGCUACAACAAGCUCGAUGGCACAUGGGCUUGCGAGAACGACCACGUCAUGAACGAGCUCUUGAAGGGCCAGCUCGGGUACCGGGGAUACAUCAUGACGGACUGGGGCGCGCAGCACUCUAAUGCCCCUGCUGCCAACGCUGGCCUGGACAUGUCCAUGCCCGGCAGCAACUACAACGGAGGCGAUGUCUACUGGGGCAAUGGCGGCCUGGAGGGCGCCGUACAGAGGGGCGAUGUGGCCGAGGAGAGAGUCAACGACAUGGCGAAACGUAUCCUGGCCGCCUGGUAUAAGAUGGAGCAGGACGGCGAGUACCCUCCGCUCAACUUGGACCUCAAUGUGCAGGGUGACCACGGCGCCAAUGUCCGCGCCUGCGCACGCGACGGCAUCGUUCUGCUGCGCAAUGAAGACAACAUCUUGCCGUUGGCGAGCCCUUUGUCCAUUGCCGUCAUUGGCUCUGCUGCCGUCAACGGAGACCACGCCAACAACGUCUGCGUCGACAAGGGCUGCAAUGAUGGUGCCCUAGGUAUGGGCUGGGGCAGCGGGAGUGUCGAGUACCCUUCCUUUAGUGAACCGUAUGCGGCCAUCGAGGAGAAGGCGCCAGGGGCUGUCACGCUGAGCGACACUGACAAUGCUGCGCAGGGCGCGGCGGCCGCGAGUGGCAAAGACGUAGCCCUGGUCUUCAUCACUGCCGAUUCUGGCGAGGGAUACAUUACAGUGGAGGGUAAUGCGGGCGACAGAAACAAUCUUAACCCCUGGCACAACGGCAACGAGCUGGUCAAGGCCGUCGCCGAGGUGAAUGACAACGUAAUCGUUGUGGUCCACUCUGUAGGCGCCAUCAUUAUGGACGAGAUCCUAGCUCUGCCGUCGGUCAAGGCUGUCGUCUGGGCCGGUCUUCCGUCUCAGGAGAGUGGCAAUGCGCUCGUCGAUGUACUCUGGGGCGAGACGAACCCGAAUGGCAAGCUCGUGUACACUAUUGCGAAGCAGGCCAGCGACUACAACACGCAGGUUGUCUCUGGCGACGACGACUAUGAGGAGGGCGUGAUGAUUGACUACCGCCACUUUGACAGCGCUGGCAUCGAGCCCGACUUUGAGUUUGGAUUUGGCCUCUCAUACACCACCUUUGACUACGCCGACCUCCAAGUGCAGUCGUCAGCCACAUCGGGCCCCAUUGCCGGUGAGGUAGUGUCCGGUGGCCCUGCAGACUUCUUUGACGAGGUGGCCACCGUCACGGCGAGCGUGACGAACAGCGGCACAGUCGCUGGUGCAGAGGUCGCGCAGCUGUACCUGGCCUAUCCAGAGUCGGCAGCUGGUCAGCCGCCCAAGCAGCUUCGUGGGUUCGCCAAGCUACCGCUGGAGGCGGGUGCCUCUGGGCCUGUGAGUUUCAGCCUUCGCAAGAGGGAUCUCGCCGUCUGGGAUGUGGAGGGUCAGCAAUGGGUUGUUCCUGCUGGGGAGUUUGGCGUGCUAGUUGGCGCCAGUAGCCGUGACAUUAGGCUGGAGGGCACGAUCCAGCUCGUCCAGGCUGAUGGGAUCAGUUAUGUCCAGAAGCUGCUGGACAAGAUCAAGGACCACGAGGAGGCCAGCGAAAGAGGGACGACCGUCCCAAAGAUGCAUGGAUCGUCGCACCACGAUGAGGAAAGCGAGAGUGACGAGAGCUCGCCUCAGAAGUAUUCGAUACACGAGGAGCACGAGCAAGGCGAUUCUCCCGCCGGACAGCGCGGGCAGAGCCCAAUGACUGAGCUUGAUGCUGCGCCAGCCUUUGAGUCGCGGGUCAGGUCGAUCAUUCGUGAGCACGCAGGCUCUCGAGUCUCGCCUAGCACGAUGAACGUGGGCACGGAACAGUUGGACGUGGCCGACAACACACAGUGGCGUGGCGCCGCGGACAUGGUGUACGGCAUCGCACCGCCCUCGCUGCUUUCAAAGGACGAGUCCUUCCGCCUCUUUGACGUCUUCGUCUCGUGGAUGGGCACUCACCAACACUACCUCGACACAAGGUCCUUUGCUGACAAUGUCGACCUGCUCUACGCGUCCGAUGCCACCCGCAAUGACCGGAUGCUGAAUAUAUGGUUCACCCAGUACCUUCUCGUCAUGGCGAUUGGCAUGCUCAUUGAUUGCCCUCAAAGCCUGUCUGACAUCCCCCAUGGACAGCAGUACUUCGCUGAGGCUGCGAGACGCCUGCCUCCCACCUACGAGAUGGGAUACCAUGGCAUCAUCUCGGUGGAAAUCCUCGCGCUCGCGUGCCUCUACCUCCGGUGGUGCGACAGGAAGCACGAUGCCUAUCUAUACAGCGGCUCGGCUGUCAGGGUCGCGUUGGCGCUGGGCUGUGCCCUCCCCUUCAGAGAGCAGCACGGCGUCUCGUCGGAGCGCUGUCACAGGACACGUGUUUGGUGGACAGUCUAUGUCCAAGACCGUUGUCUAGCGACGACCUUGGGCAUGCCGGCGGGCACAGAUGAGCGACAGCUCCGAGCUGACCUCCCGAAACCGACUCGUGGGUUCGAAGACCCCCUGCCGCUGAUCAUCAGCGUUCAGAUCACCCGUGCCAAGGGCGACACUAUUACCUCGUUCUAUGGAAACGCCACUAUUUCACAAACGAAGCUUGUCCAGAAGAUCCAAAGCACGUUGCAAGGGUUGUACGAGGCUGAAAAGUCCAUACCGCCGCAAUACACCAUUGACUUUUCCAGCCCCCGACUCAGGCUGACACGCACGAGCGCCUCGCUGUACCUGUCCCUCUUCCAGGCCAUCAUUCUCUGCAUCCGACCCAUUAUCUUCCAGAGAGUCAAGGAUCGCAUCAACUCUUCGCGAAACAAUCGACCCGCUCUGGCCAAGUCGACCAUGAUGACCAGGCUUUGCCAUUCCUGUCGCGAAGCAGCCAAGAAAAGCAUUCGCAUCCUCUCUGCCAUGCGCGAGGACCCGAGCGUGGCACCUUUUGGCUACUUUGACCUGGAUGUGGCGUUUUCUGCUGCUUUCCUCAUUGUGAUGAAAGGUUUCCUGGACACAAACGACUUCAACAAACCACCUGAAAGCCUCGGCCCCGCAGCAAGCGUCCUACAGCAUCUAGCAUCUAAGGGAAACAAGACGGCCCAGCGGCGGCUCGACGAGCUGAAGCAAUUUUGCUCCAACGUCUGGUCGCCGGACAAGCUGUCUGCGGAGUGGGGAUGGCUCAAGGACGCCUCGUCCCGGUCAUCCUUUUCAGCAUCCAACUCAGUCUCUGCGCAGACGCCGAGUCUGAUGCUCGAGUCGUCGAGGGGCGACGGCAGCACGCCCAUCACCAACGCCAGCCAGACGACGCCGGCUCUCGAUGCCCUGGAGCCCUGGGGCAACUGGCAAGUCUCGACGGAAGGGUCGUUUGACUUUGGUGGCGACAUGGACCUGAGUAUGGACAUGGGCAACAUCUACUCGUGCUUCAACGACCCGAAUCUACCCCUGACGGGCAUCGAUGAGGUGGACUGGCAGGAGAUGAAAAUGAAGCGUAUCCACAAGGUGCGGUGGCUAUUCAGGGAACGCUUGCUCGGCGAGCCCGUCAACGAGCAGCUGUGUCAACUCAUGGCCAAACCCAUCCCAGAAGUCAGCCUCAUGUCUUCCAACGGCGACGUAUUGGACAUGGUCCUCACACCGCUCAGAGCACUGUCAGACCACUUUGUACCUGAAGAUGAGCGUCUCUCCGACAGGGGAGGUCUAUCAAAGAAUGUCAUCGGGCCCGAAUGCGAGUACGCGCGGGAGGACGAGGCAAGGCGGCAGCGGACGCAGGGGAGGACCGAGUCCUACACCAAAGCAAACUACAUGAGUACCGUGGCAAACGUGGGGGACGCCACAGCCUGUCCCACGCUCUACCCCUACUCCCGCCCGCCAGCCCACGCUGCAGUAGGACCUGACGAGCUUCGAACGUACUUCAACAAUCUCUUCAAGCUGCGGGCCUCUAUUCCCGAGAUCUUCUCCCCCAUACUCCUCCCGUGGCUUGACACCGAGUCGCUUGUCGAGGAACCGCAUCGACUCAUCGCCCUGCUUCAUGCGAGGACAGCGCAUGAGCAACAGGAGUGGUUUGCCCUCGAUUUUCAGCAGACCGACCAUGUGCUCAUGCGCUACCCCAGCCAACUCGUCGUACACAUGUUGGCAACAGCCAGCACCAGCGAGCUGAAGAAUCACCGCGGAGCAGACGCUCUCCUGAAAGAAGCCAAGCUACAGUUCAAGCAGGCUGGCUCCGUCACGCCGGGAUCCCCGCACUACUACCAAGCCUUCUGCUCGCUAGCGCGCGUUGACUUCUCAGCGCUGUAUUGA